UCAAUUUGAAAUCUCUCUCUCUCUCUGUACACACAUACAUACAUACUUAAUUGUGCUUAUUUUUCAGAGAGAAACCAAUGCAAAGAGUUGCUACAAUAAAUCAGGAUGAGACAGAUGAUCCAACUACUUUAGCUGAUUCCGAUAGCUGUUUCUCUACAUUUAAUGGGGUGCAAAUACACUACAAGAUUAGUGAUCCUUUGCAGCAGGGGACAAAAAGGGUCACUCACCCUAUCAUCUUGUUGCACGGCUUUGGCGCCUCAGUGUAUUCAUGGAGCCGAGUCAUGAAACCAUUAGCAAACGCCACCGGCUCUCAAGUUGUUGCAUUUGAUAGACCGGCCUUCGGAUUAACCUCAAGGGGGCAGACCUCAUCCGGGAGUCGACCCUUGAAUCCAUACUCGAUGAUGUUCUCUGCGUUGGCAACAAUGCACUUCAUUGACUUCUUGGGUGCUGACAAGUCCAUCCUCGUGGGCCAUUCUGCUGGUGCACCUGUAGCUGUAGACACGUAUUUUGAGGCGCCCGAGCGUGUGGCUGCUCUAAUCCUUGUCGCUCCCGCGAUUCUUGCACCUUUCUCUAUAAAGAGUGCUGUUAAAGAAAAUCAAAAGGGAAACAAUCAGAAUCAGAGGAAGAGUCUCGACUCGAAUACGAGGGACAAUUUUGUUUUCAUGUUUGGAAGUUUGUUGAUGGUGCUCACAAAAUGGAUAGGAGGCAUGAUAUACUGUCUGUAUCAGAAAACUCUCUCAGCAAUCUUGCUCUCUGCAUUUGGUUUAACUUUGAUAAGGAUGAUAAUUGAUAAAUUUGGGGCACAAGCCGUUGGCGUUGCAUGGUAUGAUUCGAAACAAGUGACAGACGACGUGUUACAAGGCUAUACAAAGCCGUUGAGGGUGAAGGGCUGGGACAGGGCGCUUUUAGAAUUCGCAGUCACGAUACUGACAGACUCAGCGUCCGUAUCAAAGGAUAAGAGGCUGAGCGAAAUCUCGUGUCCAGUUCUGAUCAUAACGGGAGACACGGAUAGGCUUGUCCCCUCUUGGAACUCUGAGAGGCUCGCGCGAGCUAUACCAGGAUCUUCCUUCCGAGUAAUUGACAAGUGUGGCCACGUGCCCCAUGAAGAAAAGGCUCACGAAUUUUUAUCUAUCGUAGACGAAUUCCUGCAGGGAGUGUUGGAGGCUCCUCCCCAGGCAGCAACUUAGAGCAAUGAAGUUGAUAUAAUAAUGUCAUGUAGUAAUAGAAUAACUCUUGUCAUGCAAACUCAUUGAUCAACUCGAAAUUCAUUAGUUUGUGUAUCAUAUCAGGGUAUGAUUUAAAUAGAAACAUUGGAAUGAGUAUGAAAUUCUAGAGCAUGUGAUCAUCUCCAAAGAUGACUGCACCCGCGGCCAAUGCUCCCGCCCCUAGUCCCAUUCCCAUUCCCAUUCCCACCCCACGCCCUGCCACGGUUGGCGUGUUCGCUAACCUACUUGUGACGGGGAAGAAGUUGGGAAUGUAUCCCACAUUAGACGGGACGGGGGCUGUGGCAGUGGCUGGUAACUUGCCCUGCUGGUGCUGGGAGUCUGAUGGUUGGUUUCUGUUUGGUGGGAUAUGCCACUAAGAUUGUCCAAGUUGAACCCCUCAUCACCACCUGCAAGAUUAGAGAGUGAGCCCAAUACAAUCAUCAAACUAUAUUCCAUUCCGUUGCUAUGCUUACUAGUGAUUAAAGAUUAUAAUUAAUCU